ACAAUGAAGCACCAUGCAAAAACAAACAUUUUCUUCAUUAGUAAUUUCAAUGGUCAUCGUUUUCGGAAUUAAAAAUAAACCACGUGAUGCUUGAACGAUCUUGCAGAGAAACUGGCCUCGAUGCAGACACAAAAGGACACAAACCUCUCCUGAGGCAUUUCCACAACUACAAGUUCUCUAGUUCAGUUCAGCAUGUCAAAAGUUGGAUGCUUCACUUUGUUUGCAUUUCUAGUGGCUUUUCAUGUCGAGUGCCGUUCUCUUCGCGCUAGUUUUUCUGAUGGGGUUGAUGCUGCUGUUCAACCCCAUGAGUCUUAUCUGCAACUCAUUGACCAAAAGGUUCAAUCUUCUUCUGAAGGGCAUUACUGUAAGCAAAUGUACGGGUUCUUGCCUUGUUCCAGUAACAUUCUCGGCCAUCUUUUCCUCAUUUUAGUUUAUGAGUACUUGUUGUUCCAUGGAGAGUCGUAUUUGGCUGCUGGAGGUGAACAAAUCUUUAAGAUUCUUGGCCCUGGUGUUUUUGGUGCUAGUGCCUUUGAUAUUCUUGGGGCACUUCCCGAGUCCUUAAUUCUUGUUGUUACUGGACUUUCCAGCGACAAGGAGAUUGCACAAGAGUCUGCUUCUACUGGUGUUGGUUUGCUGGCUGGAUCAUCCAUCUUACUUCUAACAGUAGUGUGGGGAACAUGUGUUAUCAUUGGCAAAAAAAAUUCAUCAAGGAGAGGAAUAACAAAAUCACUAACUGGUUAUGGUAUCACUAUGGAUGUAGAUACUAGACAGAUGGCAAUAAUCAUGGUUUUCUCAGUUACACCACUUGUCAUAAUGCAGAUUCCCCAUCUGUUCCACUUCUCUUCCGCAGCAACCAAUGUGACCUUGAUGAUUGCUCUUAUAGUAGCUGUCACUUUUCUUAUCUCAUACUUCAUUUACCAGGUCUUUAAACCUCAGAUUGAGAAAACUAGACUGGAGUAUAUUAAGCAUGAUGACUUAAUAUUAAGAAUUUUUCAUCAUGUUGAGAAACAAACUCUGCAGAAGAUUCUGGCUGAGGAUGGAACUCCGAAUGUGGCUGCAAUAAGUGGGUUGUACCAUGAAAUUAGCCAGCAUGGGGGCAAGGACUUGUUAGCUUCUGAAGUUAAAGAACUGUUCUUUGGGAACAAAUUGACUGACACAAACAUCAAAGAAGAACAGAUAGCAGACUUGUUAAAAGUUUUUGACAGAAACGGUGACCAAAUUAUAACCAAGGAAGAGUUUGUCACUGGUUUAACAGAAUACAUUAACCAAACAAAGCAUGCCUUGGAUAGACAAUACCUUCCAAAAGAAUCUAUGAACAAAAUGUAUCAGAGUUUUAUCAAGCCAUGGAUUGAACAUGUGAGAAAGGAACGUGAAUUGAAGGGACAUCUUAUAUCUGAAGUCUUAAAGCAUGCUCAGAAUGAUAUGGUUGGCAGGCUCCAAAAUGAUGAUGGUACACCUGACAAAACUGCAAUCAGAAGGCUGUUUGAGGAAAUUGAUGUAAACAGGGAUAACCACGUUUCAAGAUCUGAACUGGAAAGAGUAGUGAAGGACAUCCACUUUAACAAGUUUGUAGAUGCUGAGGAGGCAGUUACAAAACUUGCUCAAGAUCUUGAUGUUAACCAAGAUGAUGAAAUUAGUGAGACUGAGUUUGUAGAAGGUUUUGCAAAAUGGAUGAUCUCAAAUUCAAGCCAAGCUGCUAAUUCAAAAUCUUCAUCUCAGGGAAAUCAUCAAACUUGGGAAGAUGUUGAAAAGGUAAUGGAAGAGAAUCAAACCCAUGGGGCUUCUGCAUGGUUGACAGCUAUAGGAUAUGUGGUGUUGGGAGUUACUAUGCUGGCUCUUCUUGCAGAACCCUUAAUUGCAAGUGUUCAAAGUUUCUCUGAAGAAGCAGGAAUUUCAUCAUUUUUCAUCUCAUUCAUUUUAGUCCCCCUGGCCACAAAUUUUAGAGAAGCAACCUCAGCAAUCAAAGAAGCUAGCCAUAAGAAGAGCAGCAAUACUUCUCAGACAAUAUACGAGAUUUAUGGAGCAGUGUUCAUGAACAACAUUCUUGGCUUUGUGGUGAUCUCUGUUCUCAUAUACAUUCGUGAGAUCACUUGGCAAUUCUCAGCUGAUGUUCUUGUUGUGGCAAUAGUUUGUGCAGUAAUGGGCCUCGCUGCUACUUUUCGCCCCACUUUUCCUCUUUGGACAUCCUUUGCUGCAUACUUCAUGUACCUAAUAGCAUUGCUUUUGGUCUUUCUUCUCAAAGAUGUUCUCAAUUAUGUUUAGUCAUUCUUUCCGAGAAAACAUGUGGAUGCAAAUGGACAAUGUUGAACGUUGUGUCGAGAUAAUGUUAAUUUAGAAUAUAUAAAUAGGAUCAAUCUUUAUCUUAA